UUGUCUUCAAACAUUAAAUCUCUACUGAAUCCAAAAGAAAAAAAAAAUGUCCAGCUGGAAUUUCACCAUCUUUCUUCUAGGUUUAGCCAUUGUUGCUAAUGUUGUCACUAGCAAGCAAGAUAUUGUUAAUAAUGAGGCGGUCGAAAGAACAAGGCAUGGGGUGCUAAGUGCAAUGAAGUGGGCUCGGGGUCUAAAAGGAAUUGACAAAGCCGCGGACCAACAUGGUUCGAUAAAUAAAUUUGGGAGCAGUGAUGAGUGUGUAAAGCUUUAUGAAGACACUGAGCCAAGGCUAGCUAGGCUAGUCUCUAAUGAGACGUAUUACAACCACGAUGAUGUUAUUACUUGGUUAAGUGCAGCACUAGCAAGUCAUAGGAGUUGCUUAGAUGGGUUGGAAGAGAAAGGUUUGGCUUAUAAAAGUGAAGAGACUCGAAACUUGACUUUGUUGCUUAAGGGUGCUUUGUUUCGUUAUGGACAACUAAGGAGUAACGGAAGGAAUAAGCCUAGAAAGGGGGCACAACAGAGACCAAUUAGCUCUAGUGAAGGCAAGGGGCUUUUGGCAUCAUGGAAUGCAGCAACAUCCAAAGCUGAUGUAGUAGUUGCACAAGAUGGUUCUGGCAAUUAUAAAACCAUCAACGAGGCUGUGGCUGCGCUCUCUCGAAUGACACGUCCAGAAAGAACAAUUGUGUAUGUCAAAUCUGGCAUAUACCGCGAAAAUGUAGAAAUUGGAAGGGGACUCGAGAAUUUGAUGUUUGUUGGUGAUGGCAUUGACAAAACCGUUGUUGCUGGCAAUAAAAAUGUCCAAGAUGGAGCUAGCACCUUGGGCUCAGCUACAUUUGGUGUGUCUGGUGAUGGAUUUUGGGCAAGGGACAUGACAUUUGAGAACUCAGCAGGGCCACACAAGCAUCAAGCAGUGGCAUUAAGUGUGAGCUCAGAUCUCUCCAUUUUCUAUCGCUGCAGCUUUAAAGGUUACCAAGACACACUCUUAGUACACUCGUUGAGACAAUUUUAUCGCGAUUGUCACAUAUACGGCACUAUCGACUUCAUAUUUGGUGAUGCAUCUGCAGUGUUUCAAAACUGCGACAUUUUUGUAAAGAGGCCAAUGGAUCACCAAUCCAACCUGAUAACAGCACAGGGAAGGGACGACGCGAAUGAAAAUACUGGGAUUGUUAUACUGAACUCGCGAGUUUCUCCAUCCUCAGAAUUCAGUGCUGUUAAAGGGAGUUUCAAAAAUUACCUAGGAAGACCAUGGAAAAAAUAUUCGAGGACGGUAUUCAUUAAGACGGAUUUGGAUGGAUUGAUUCAUCCAAGAGGGUGGAAAGAAUGGAGUGGUAAUUUUGCACUUUCAACAUUAUAUUAUGGUGAGUACAUGAAUACAGGCAGUGGUGCUAAUACUGGAAACAGAGUAAAUUGGCCUGGUUUUCAUGUGCUACGUGAUGUCAAUGAAGCAAGCCCAUUUACAGUGAGAAAUUUCAUACAGGGGGAAUCCUGGAUCCCAGCAAGUGGAGUACCGUAUUGGGCUGACAUAUGAUAUGUUAGUAUCUGUCAAGAGACUCAAGAUUGUGCAGGAUAUUAAAUUGGCAAAUGUGCAUAUUACCACUACAAUUGUAUUUAUAGAAAUAAAAAAUAAAAUGGUAUAUUUCUUCUGUUGUA